AAUCAUUGACCUUGCCGUAAUGAUUGUUCAAACAAGUUGAGUUUUUUAGGCACGAUAAAGCUGACUUUGCUAGUUGGGGAUGUAAUCCUUCCAAGAAAGAACAAAAAAUGGUGGUGGUUGUGCCGUAACUAAGUAUAAAAGAUUAGGUUUCUCAAAAAAAAAGUAUAAAAUAUUAGGACGCCAAGAAUUUCUUGUACAGAUAAACUCAAUAAAUCAGUUAGUUUUGAGUUGUGAGCAUACACAGGUUGAGAAAAAUGAGAGACAAGUCAGCAGGUUCCAUGGAUGAAGCAGCUCGUUUAUCGCGUAAAGGCAGGCGUGGAGGCUGGAUCACCUUCCCCUUCAUCAUAGGGACAAUGGGGUGCUUAGCUCUUGCAGCCGGAGGCUGGACGGCUAACCUUAUCGUCUAUUUGAUUCAAGAAUUCAACAUUAAGAGCAUAAGUUCUGCUAAGAUUUACAACUUUGUGAAUGGAAGCAUCACCCUCUUCCCUAUUGUUGGUGCAGUCAUAGCUGACUCCUUUCUCGGCUGCUACUCUGUCAUCUGCUUUUCGUCGCUCAUCUCUCUUCUCGGCACGUUGGUUCUGGUUUUAACAGCAGUUGUUGAUCGGCUGAGGCCUCCAGCAUGUGAGGAUGGAUCAAAUCUAUGCAAAUAUCCAUCACACCUUCAGUUUGGAGUGCUGUAUAUUGGACUGGCGCUAGCAUCCCUGGGGAAUGCAGGGACGCGUUUCACCAUUGCAACGAUGGGAGCAGAUCAGUUCGACAGCCCAAAGCAUCGAGGGAUUUUCUUCAACUGGUACAUCUUCACAAUGUACACAGCCACAAUUGUUAGCUCAACUGCCAUAGUGUAUGUAGAGGACAACUUGAGUUGGACAUGGGGCUUCACCAUCUGUGCUGUGGCUAAUGUGCUUGGUUUAGCACUUCUCCUCUCCGGUAGACGUUCCUACCGCCUCAUGAAGCCUCAGGGAAGCCCGUUCACGAGCCUAGUACGUGUAGCUGUUGCAGCUCUCAGUAAAAGAAAAAUGACCCUUUCAGACAAGAAUGAAGAUUACUACCAAGAUUCCACAAAAACAGCGCCUACACAUUUCUUCAGGUUCUUGAACCGUGCAGCGCUGCAAACGGAAGGAGACAAGGCGAUCACAGUGAUGCAAGUAGAGGAGCUCAAGGGCCUAAUCAAGCUGUUUCCCCUGUGGUCUACUGGCCUAUCACUCUGCAUCCCUCUAGCCAUCCAGUUGAGCCUCACCGUGAUCCAGGCGCUAACCAUGGAUCGUCAUCUAGGAGGCCGUUUCAAGAUCCCCGCAGGCUCCAUGCCGGUCUUCAUUCUGGCCUCGACCUCACUCUCCAUCUUCAUCAUAGACCGGGUGGCGCUCCCCCUAUGGGAGAGACUCACAACAAGGCCUCUCACGCUUCUCCAACGUAUUGGCAUCGGCCACGCCCUCACCAUUGCCAGCAUGGCAGUGUCAGCAGCUGUGGAGAGGAAGAGGCUGAGAUCAGAUGCAGGAAAUGAUGGGAUUGUUGCCAUGUCAGCAAUGUGGCUGGUGCCACAGCUAGGCAUUGCUGGUUUGGGAGAGGCAUUCCAUUUUCCAGGGCAGAUUGCACUUUACUAUCAAGAAUUUCCAAACACACUCAAAACCACAGCAACUGCAGCAGUUGCAUUGUUUAUUGGGAUUGCAUUUUAUUGCAGCAAUGGUAUCAUUGAUGUUGUGAGGAGUGUCACAGCAUGGCUGCCUGAUGACAUAAAUGAUGGGAGGUUAGAUAAUUUGUAUUGGUUGUGUUGCAUCUUAGGAGCCUUCAAUUUUUGUUACUUUCUUGUUUGUGCAUCAUUCUACAGCUACAAGAUUGUUGAUGAAUCUGGUGAUGAUUCUAUUACUACUUGAUUUGUGAGAGGGAGAUUCCAAAUUUGUGUUUGAACAAUGUAUGCAUAUAUAAUAAAGUAGUUUUACUUGCAUAACUAA